GUCCAUAAAUAAUAAAUUAACUAUCUAUGGAAGUAAAUAAAUUACGGAUUCCCCCUAUCAAAGAUGGCUACCUAUAGCCACACCAUUUGGGAAAUAAAUCAUUUACUGGCUCCAUUCCUUGUAUGAUUAUUAUGUUAAUUAACAUAUACAAUGCAUCAGUAGAGCUCAAUUAGAGUCUUUAAAUCAGGAUUUAAUGGGACUAUAUAUUAUACAGGCUUAUUUAAUUCAUACAAGAGAAACACAUAAGAGUAGAGUCUGAAUUAUCAUCAUUCUAAUGGAAAAUGCAAUGAUGAAAUACGAUUACAAAAAUGAUUGCUGGAUGUUGGAUCCAUAUAUAACCUACCAUUCAAAGCCAAAUUUAUCUCAAAAAUCACCCUCCAAUACAGUACUACAUCAUUCUAACUCGAAACGGAAGAUGAAACCGAAUAGAAAUCGAACGCGUUCUGCUGAAUCAACUACUGUUUACACAUUCUCAAUGGUGGAUGCAUCAAGAAAGCCAUCCAGAAGUAAAGAAAGACGCGGAUUUUGGAAUUUUUGUACGCGUUAUUUCUCAUGUAUGACUCCUGCAGAUUCAGAAUCGAAAAGUAGCAACAGGGCCAGACAUGGAAGGAGUAACAGUGUGCAUUCUGCCAAUUCCUCACCCCGAGCCGGAACUGAUUCAGAUAGUGGCAUGAAUGCUCAAGAUCGCGACGAAAGCAUAAAAGCUGCCAUUUCCUACUGCAAAAAUAAUUCAGAGCCCUUGGUGGUGCAGAAUUGAUGAAUUCAUAGAAUUGUUCCACUUGCGAAUGGUGAAAAUGGCAAGAAGUGGAUGGUGUUGAUAUGCAUUUUCAGAAUAUGGUGAAGAGCAGAUAUUAGGACUAAUUUUUUUUUUAGGAAUAAUUCUUUUAGUUUAGAAAUUGAUCUAUUUUUUGUGUUUACGAUAAUAUUUAUGUCAUUUUUUAAAAAUUGUU